AGGGUCCGCCGAGCGCCCAGAGCGGCCCGAGCCCCGCGCCCGGCGGAAGCGCGGCGGGGAAGGGGCGGCGGCGCGGCAGCCAUGCCCCUGGCCAAGGACCUGGUGCAUCCCUCCUUAGAGGACGAGAAGAGGAAGCACAAGAAGAAGCGGCUGGUGCAGAGCCCCAACUCCUACUUCAUGGACGUCAAGUGCCCAGGGUGCUACAAGAUCACCACUGUAUUCAGCCACGCUCAGACAGUAGUUCUGUGUGUAGGCUGCUCAACCGUCCUGUGUCAGCCUACUGGGGGAAAGGCUAGGCUCACAGAAGGCUGCUCCUUUAGAAGAAAGCAACACUAAGUAUUCUUUUCAGCAUAGGGCUUUGGAUCUGUGUUCCUGAAAGCCUUAGCUGUUUAAAAAAAUGGCUGUUAAUAUAACAAUGUAAUUAUGAUUGAUUUUGUAAAAAGGACAUGGUACUGGUGACUGAUGAGCUGGAAUCUUUUUCAAUAAACAGUCUGAAGUGCAA